AUGGAUCCACUAUCCAUAUCAGCCAGUAUUGCUGGCUUGAUCAUGAUCACCAAUGGCAUCGUGACGAACGGAUUCAAAUACCUGUCCGAAUUCAAGCAAAGUGACGAAACAGUCAAGAACCUUUUUCAUGAGGUCAAUCUUCUAUUCGGCACUUCGCAUAGUCUUCAGAAGGUUGCAAUUCGACUAGAGCUAGAGCAAACAUCCCCGCAACAUACAACCCGAAUCCAUCAUAUCAACAACUGUGACAAUGUGCUUCGUAAGAUCGAAGCCCAGCUCGAGCAUAUAGCCGCCAAGAAGAACAAGUCCAUGGAUAGAGCUCGACAGAGAGUGCUGUGGCCGCUUUCAAAAGCCGAAACUAAGAAUCUCUUGGCGGAGGUGGAAAGGCAGAAGACCUCUCUCAGUCUUGCGCUUGCAGUCGAUGAAAUGUCUGCCUUGUUGAAUGCUUUGGCUUCGCAGGAUGCUAUUCAGUCCGGUCUCGCUCAAAUUGACAACGAAUUGCAGCUUCAGCGCACAAGAAUGAAUGAGACUUUCUUGAGUAAAAGACGACAGGAUAUCAUCAAUUCGUUGAAUGCGGUCGAUUACAACCAGUACCAGUCGGCAAAUGUUCGACUUCGACAGGCAGGAACUGGUGGUUGGUUCCUCGACGGAGCCGAGUUCAAGUCUUGGCUUUCUGCUGACCAUGGAAAGCUGUGGCUCUAUGGUAUUCCUGGCGCUGGCAAGACGGUUUUAAUGGCAACCAUCAUCCAAGAAGUACAGACCAUCAAAGCCAAAACAGGAGAGAAUAUUGGAAUGGCAUUCUUCUUUUGCGACUACAAGAAGCCCGAGACUCAUGUGUCCUCAACGAUACUUGGAUCUCUCGUCAAACAAUUUGCUCUACAAGAUGACCAUUGUCUCCACGACCUGGAGAGCUUUUACGAAGCUCAUAACGUCAAAGGAAACCCUCCGCAGGAAGUCACCCCUUUGGAGCUCUGUAAUUUGCUGAAGGACAUGGCGCUGCACUUCAAAUCUACCAUGAUCAUCAUUGAUGGGCUCGAUGAGAUUGAGACGAAACGAACCGACACCAUUGAAAUUCUGCGAAGUCUUACAUCUACCGGAAAGAUGAAAACUCUCUUUGCGAGUCGUGAUGAGGUCGACAUCCGCAGCCAACUUCUCGAAUAUGCCAAUGUUUCCAUUGCUGCUCAAAGCGGCGAUCUACGCCUUUAUGUCGCUGCUGAAAUCGAAACCAGGACUUCACGUCAGGAACUGCGCAUACGGGAUCCGGAAUUGAAGGAGCACAUCAUAAAAACGCUCAUCACUGGAGCUCAUGGCAUGUUUCGUUGGGUGGCAUGUCAGAUGGACUAUCUUUGCGAGCUCAACAACGACGACGACAGGAGAGCAGCUCUUUAG